UUCUGCUUCCUCCAUGCUGGAUGUCUGGGAAAAACAGAUGCGAUUCCAGUUUUUCUCUUCUCGCUAAAGCAUAGCUUGCUAACAACUAACUAUCGUGCAGACUGCAGAUUCGUUUGAUUACAAGACAAUGGGGGAGAUUAUACUUCCACGGCAAAUGUUUCUGUGGAGCAUGUCCGUUAUUUACAUGUUUGCGUUUGCGUCCCUUUACAUACAGAUACCAGGUCUCUACGGUAACGAUGGGAUCCUGCCCGCUCGCUGGCUGAUGCGCUACACGGGGAAGGGCCUGCUGGAGCAGCUGCAGGACUCGCCCACCCUCCUGUGGCUGGGGCCCCGCUUUGGCCUCGACACCCAGCAGGGCAUGGAGCUCAUCUGCCUGUUGGGGGCGCUACUGAGCCUGGGGGCCAUGGUGCUGGAGGCCCUGCGAAACAGCAUAGUGUUCUUCUGCCUGUGGGCACUCUAUCUCUCCCUCUUUCAGGUUGGACAGGUUUUUCUGUACUUUCAGUGGGACAGUCUGCUGCUGGAGACUGGGUUCCUGGCUGUGCUCAUCGCGCCCCUGGGCCUGCUCCGGGCCGGGCCCCGGCAGCACGACGGCGUGACCUUCUGGCUGGCCCGCUGGCUGCUGUUCCGCCUCAUGUUCGCCUCGGGCGUGGUCAAGCUCACCAGCCGCUGCCCAACCUGGUGGGGCCUCACUGCUUUGACCUACCACUAUGAGACCCAGUGCAUCCCCACGCCCUUGGCCUGGUUCGCCCACCAGCUGCCCGUCUGGGUGCAGAAGCUCAGCGUGGUGUGCACCUUCGUCAUCGAGAUUGCCGUCCCCUUCCUCUUCUUCUCCCCCCUCAGGAGCCUGCGGCUGGGGGCCUUCUACAUGCAGCUUCUGCUCCAGAUUCUCAUCAUCCUCACGGGGAACUAUAACUUCUUCAAUCUCCUCACCAUCAUGCUCUGCUUCUCCCUGCUGGACGACGACCAUGUCGGCUCGUUCAUCGGACGCAGAAAGAAGGCGGAGGCCAAAACCUGGCCUGAAGCCAUAGUCUCCAGGGGGGCUUUGCUGUCUGGGCUUUGUGUCUCUGGUCUGAUGGCCUACCUGACUGUGGUGUACUUUAACCUGGAGGUCGACUGGGAGAAGGCUAGUGUGUCCUCACAGACUGCAUUUACCCAUUACCAGUUUAACAAGUUUCUGAAGACAGUGACAAUACCUAGUAUCUGGAUCGGAGCACUGUCUCUGACCUGGGAAAUCAUCAAGGCUAUGUUCAGAUGUGCCAGUGUUCGCAGAGCGUUCCGGAAGCUGAGCUCCAUCGUACAGUGGGCCAUAUUCACCUCUGCCGCUGUCUGCAUGUUCGGCAUCAGCACGGUUCCCUACACGUUAAUUGAGCACCAGGCCCGUGGCGAAAUCUGGCCAGUGGUUUCUAAGGCCUACAACUCAGUGGGGCGAUACCAGCUGGUGAACUCCUAUGGGCUCUUCAGGAGGAUGACUGGGGUUGGAGGUCGCCCUGAGGUGGUGAUCGAGGGCAGUAUGGAUGGGGAAACAUGGACGGAGAUUGAGUUCAUGUACAAGCCCGGGAACUUGAGCGGGCCCCCGCCCCUCCUGGCCCCCCACCAGCCCCGGCUGGACUGGCAGAUGUGGUUCGCCGCCCUGCGGCCCCACACACAGAGCCCCUGGUUCACCGGCCUGGUGCACGGCCUGCUGCAGGGCAGGAGAGACGUGAUUGACCUGAUCCAGGUGGAGGAGUCUAGAUACCCCUUCAGCCACAGCGCCCCCGCUUUCAUACGGGCUCGCCUCUACAAGUACUGGUUCACCCAGCCGCGGGAGGACGGGUCCCUGCCCCAGCAGUGGUGGAGAAGGCGGUACGUGGAGGACUUCUAUCCCACAGUCCACCUGGGUGACCCUGUGCUAGAGAGCCUGCUCAGUCAGCAUGGACUCAAGAACAAGGGCCUGGUGAAGCGUGUGUCGAAUAUCCUGGUCCCCCGGGCCCUGGGGCAGGUCCGGGCGCAGAUUCGGGGUCUGUCUGGGCCCCUGGUGCUCUGGUCCCUCUUUGCCACAGGGGCCUCCAUCAUCAUCCUCAGGACGCUGAGCUCCAGGACCCCCAGGGCCCCCAAGCCUGAACCUGACCCUGUGGAACCUCCGGGUGAGAAGGCUGAGGAGGUGCCGUGUCCAACUCCGCCAGGUCCUGAGGAGGAGGAGGAGGAGGAGGAGAAAGAGAAGGAGAAGGAGAAGGAAGAGCACGAGAAGGAGGUGAAAGAAGAGUUGGCCAAUGACCAUGAUGGCAGCGGGGACAUGGAGGAGCGGCUGGAUUCUGAAGUGAGCUAAAGGAAAAGGGAGCGUUAAUCUUGAUGGUGAAGGUGCCUCUAAACAGACAGACAAUGGAAGGAUGAGUGUUGUUCCCACUAGUUCCCUCUUGUGGCCAAGUCUCAGGAUGUGUGCUCUGUUACAGUGUAAGAUGGUGCUAUGAACCAGAGUGACAGUUUCUCUGGAUUUCCUGAAGGUCACCAAUGGUAUAAAACUCUUAAGAUAGAAAUGUGUAUGUUAUCAGUGUGAUACAAGUUGUUGAAUGCUUGAACAAUUUUACCUUAGACAACCUUAUUUAAGCUUGGGUAGGAAACUUGGGUCUUGGGAAAAUUAAGCACAGGGAAUGUGGUUGGAAACCUGUAAAAGUCAGGCAUUUGUGGCCUUUCACUUGGCUUUUGUAACAAAUUUCCAUAUUUGUUUUCAGAUAUACAGGGCAAAUGUUUCAUUGUUUGCAAACAUCCUCUGUACAUUUCUGUUUAAUGUUAACCAUAAACCACUGAUAAUGAUUCUAGACCCAAGUAGGAACUAAGUUCCCUUUAUGAGCACACACUGCGGUUAAGCACUUGGAGUAAACGUGUGUUUUGUUUGUGUAGUUAGAAUGACAUAGUGUGAUGAUAGUUUUAAAAUGAAUCUAGUUGGAAGAGAGAGGUCUAUAAGACAAUCGCAUUUCCAUCUGCAUUGGGGACCAAGUUCUCGGGUGUUCUGGUUGGUUGCAAGUUGACACAGUCAAUUUGAACAUAACUUUGGACAUUCACCCAUGUCACUGUUACUGCAGUCUUGUUAAAUCAAUAUAAUUUUUCACAUUUUGUGUCAUUUGAUAUCGUCACACUUUUCUUCUCCAUCUUGGAAUAUCCAAUCACAACAUCAGGCUCUACUCAUAGUUGGAAUGACUUCAACUCUUUAAUCCAAAUAGCUCGUUCUGUAUCUGUAUGGAGGUAUCUCAUGUGAGGACAGACUGAUGAUGUGACCUUCGCAUUCCAGGAUACUUGGGUUUUAUUGGAUUCAUUUUGAGAUCAUUCACUGUUGACAACCUGUCAAAGAUGUCUCCUGACUAACUAGAGAGCCAUCUCUGUAUUUAUUUACAUUGAAGGCAUUUCAUGGAUAUUUGUGAAGGGUUCUGACCAUGACCAUGAACAUUUCAUAUGGCAACAGUUCUGUCUUUGAAACCUCCUAUUGUAUCGUACAUAUAGUGGACAGAAGGAAUGCAAGAAUUGACUGUGAGCUAUUUAGAAUCUGGAUUUGUAUAAUUAUGGAGUUUAUGAUUAUGCAAACUGUGUUUAGGGUCAGUUUUCUCAAAAAUGAGCUUGGUAUUCUCUACCUAUAUUUGUGUGUGAUUUGUAGCCCUGAAUCGUGCGCAUAUAUUAGUAAUAAUCGAGUGGAACCAAAGUAUAAAAGCCACAUUUUGUUUGUAUAACGGCACUGUUUACGGUUGAAGCUGCACAGUAAUGUGUUGUAUCGUUACAGGAAUUAAUUAGGUGUAACUUGUGAUAGUACGAUAUGUACAUAUAUGAUAUAGUACAUCAACUUUGUAAUAAAGUAUCUGUUUAUAGUGACAUCGUCAGUAUAAAAUGCAGUAUAACUCUGAA